UUUUGAAAAAAUUUAUUUAAAUAUGAAUAAACUUAUUGAAGAUAUUCGCAAUAUAUUUAAUGAGGAUUUAGUUAACACUGAAGAAGUGAGACGAGUUUUGGAGGAAUAUAAAAGUAAACCUAAGGAUUGGAAUAAAUUUGCGCUUUUUGAUCCACACAAAUAUACACGCAACCUGGUAGAUGCAGGCAAUGGAAAAUACAAUUUAAUGGUUUUGUGUUGGGGUCCGGGUAUGGGAUCGAGUAUUCACGACCACACAGACGCGCAUUGUUUUGUUAAAGUUUUACAAGGAAAUUUAUUAGAAACACGUUUUGAAUGGCCUACAGAAGAUAAUAAAAAUGAAGAAAAUCAGAAUUAUGAAGGAAGUGGCCGCCCUUUAAUUGAAAGUGGAAAUCAACUUUACAAAUUGAAUGGAGUUUCUUAUAUAAGCGACAAAAUUGGACUGCACAGAAUGGAGAACCCUUCACAUUCAGACCCAGCAAUUACUCUCCAUUUGUAUAUUCCCCCUUUUACUCAUUGCCAAGCUUUUGAUCAAAGGACUGGACGUAAACAAAAAUGUAAUGUUACCUUCUAUUCAAAAUUUGGAAAUAAAGUGGAUUAUUGUUCAAAUAAUGAAAAUAAUGUGGUUGUUGGAAUUAAUGGGAAUAAUUCUGCUAAUAAUAAUUUUGUUUUGGCAAAAUGA